AUGAACGAGGUAAGCAUUGUGUUCUGGCCGCCGCGCAGCAACAUACGCUUCCUCGCCACCGAAGGGCUAAAUUCCUGCACCGCAAUUGGGAUAAUCUCACCAACGGCGGCUAUCCUUGCCCAUAUCGCACCACGCGAGCCUGGAACGCAGCAUCAGCCAUUAAGCGCGACGAGCAAUCCAGGAAUUCGAAACUUGCACAACAAGUUCAUGGAGAUCAGGGAUCUGUAUACCCAGAAUCAAGCACAUUUUGCCAACGAGCAGACCUUUGUACUGGCAGCGACAUAUCAGGGGCGCUUCGCCCUUGAAGAUUCAGUUCGAUGGAUCCACACUGCCUUGACUACGACUCUUCGGAUAACAAAGAUUAUCUGGAAGAAUUACCCGGUGCUAGAGCCUGGAACUACCAGGGAACAAGGAGAAACAUCGGUCGUCAUCGUAGCUUCGGGUCUAGGUGCAAUGCCUUUUGUCUACUCCAAUAAUACAACUAUUUUUCCGCCUCCUAGAGUAGUGAGCCAGGUAGAGAGGCCGGGACAAGAAGUAGACGAUGAAAACGACGACGAUAACGACGCCGACGAUGACGACGCUGACGAUGACUACGCCAACGAUAACGACGCCGAUGACGCUCAAAGGCGCGCCCAGCAGCAGACUCAGCAAACUCAGGCCCUUAGGACCACAUACGCUACCCUAGUUAGACAAGGUCGAUCUCGUGAGCAGGCGUUCGAACUAUUAGUACAACAAGUCCUUACUGCUCGCCCACAGCUUCAGAGAGCAGUUGUAGUCACUGCUGUCCGCGCGCGACUGUUCUCCAAUCAGACUUCGGCGCUGCGUUCACGCACGGAGAACGUCCAAGUUAGCAAUGACAACGACAAAAGUAAUAGUGAUGAUGAUGAGGAGGAGGAGGAGGAGGAGGAGGAGGAGGAGGAGGAGCGUGCAAGUCGAGCGCAACCUGACUAUACUGCCUACGUCAAUACUUUGGUUGCUCAAGGUUACACACGAGAGCAGGCUGCAACGCUACUUAAUGCUCGACUCACGAGACACUGA